CCACACAUGAAGGAACCCAUCAAGUACUACAUAAGUCAGCUGGAACAAAUGGCACCUCCUGGCUGUUUUCCUCCACCUGUUACGUGUAUUUCAACAACAAUCAAUGAAACCUCAAUUUGUAAUGAAAUCAGCAGUAACGAGACCCUCCUAUCCGCUGCACUCGUGAGCGCCCCCUGUAGUGUGGACCUGCAGCAGUACGUUUGCUCUUCGCUCACCGGCAUCACUGCUGGAAACCUGGCUGAACUCCUGAAGUGUCAACUUUCAAGCAGCAGAAGUUACUCCAAGGAGAUCUGGAAACUAUUUUUCACCAAAGCAAAUGAUGUUCUGGACGGAGCCCUCGUCAUAUUCUCCAGCGCAGCAGCAAAUAUGUCUCAGCCAAUCAGAGGUGAUGUCGUGUCCCAAGUGCUGGAUGUGGUUGGAGAGCUGAGACUGGAGCGCAUCAGUCCUGACCAAUGGACAGACCUCUCUUUCAUCAGCAUGUUGUUGGGUCAAUAUCUGAAGCCGUUUUUACCAUUUGCGUCACCAUCCCUACUGCUGUGCACCAGCAGCAAAAACCUCAGCUGCCAAACUUACCAGCACAUUCUGUCAGAGGUCCCACUCGUCAAUGAGAUUCAAGGAAGAGACAUGGCGAACUUCUUCAUUCUGCCCUUCCUGAGAAGAAACGCAACAGAUGCGGGCUGUGUGGCGACUGCUAACAACAGUGUUGAGUGGCUGCAGAAGAACUUUGGCCCGUUCUCUCAGUUCGUGUCUCUCACAGAUCUGAUCUCCAUCAACAGACUCUUUGAUCCCUUGGAGACCCUGGACAAUCUCACUCCCAAGCAGGUGGCUGGACUGUUGGUUGAAGAGCUACCUGGUCUCCCAGAGAAGAAAGUCGUCAUCAAUACAGUGUUUGAUCAUCUGUUUGUGUCUCCUGUGGAGCGAGGACUUCCUGAUGUUCUUCAAAACCUGCUCUCAAUCUCACAGACGACCAUUAUUCCGUGCAGCUCCUACAUACUGAUGUAAGUGUACUUGGUACAUGAUAUUGAGUCUCUGGCCUCUUUGCACUGAGAUCUGCUGUAAUUCUGUGGUUCUUUCUCAGAUUCCAGAGGCUGUUUCAGGCGUUACCUUUCCUGCCGACGGAGAUGGAGACUGUGGUCUUCCAAACAACUGGAGAACUCAAGCAGAAUGGAGCAAGAGGUCAUUCUUGAUCUUCCUCAGUUCUUGCUGUUGA